AAGGGUUUAUUUCGGCGGCUGCACUUCACGGCUCUCUCUCUCUCAGAUCUUCUCUUCUCUUCUCUUCACCCAAGUCUGAGUUCUACACUUCGAUCCUCUCUAUGCUUUUAUCGUUUCCUCUGGAAGUAUAAUACCCCGAUUGUACUCACACACAUUUUGUGAUCAGCUGAAAAAAUGUGGAGGAACAUUUUCGGUAGAGCCACUUUGAGAAAGAUCAAGUCUUUCUCCGAUUCCACCUUCCCCGGUAAUAGAAUCCGUCACAUCGUCUCGUCGAUUGACCUCGGGGGUAGCGUUAGAAACCGAUUAUCCACAAACCCAGUCAACGAAUUGGCAAGAGUCCCCUCCGUUCUUCGUAAUCAACACUGGUUCGCCACAGCUGCGCAGACCAUCGAUUCGACAGACCCGGAAGACGAUUCCGACGAAGUCAACGAGCUGAUGACGGCGAUGGAGAAAGAGACCGAAAGGGUCCGCAAAAGGGCGAGGCUUUUAGCGAAACAGCCGGCGAAAGUAGUCUGCGGGAUGGGAGCUCAGAAGUACUACUCGUUGAAGCAGAGGCAGGUGAAGCUGGAGACGGAGGAGUGGGAGAAGGCUGCUAAAGAGUGCCAGGAGAUUAUAGAGGAUAUGUGCGAGCAGAGGCUCGCGCCGAAUCUUCCUUACGUGAAGUCUCUGUUCCUCGGUUGGUUCGAGCCUCUCCGCGACGCGAUACAGGCGGAUCUCGAUGGGUUUAAGGUGAAGAAAGGGAAGAUCCCUUAUGCGUCUUAUAUGGAGCAGUUGCCGGCUGAUAUGAUGGCGGUUAUCACUAUGCAUAAGAUGAUGGGGCUGUUGAUGACUAACGCUGAAGGUGUUGGGGUUGUUAAGGUUGUUAAUGCUGCUACUCAGAUUGGGGAGGCUAUUGAGCAGGAGG